ACCCCCUCCCCGAAACUGGCCGGCGUCGUGAGGAGGAAGAUGAACAGGUGCUAGGUCCACUUGCAACAACAUGUACGGGGCUUCUGCGACGGAAUCAAUCGCACCCGCGCGUGUGAUCCCGAACAUUAGCGACCAAUUGUAGCCUCAGUGGCAGCUGUUGAUGGGUACUAGAAGAGAUGGCUGGGAAGAUUGAUGCGGCGCAGAGUACAAGCGAGGCUCUCCAUCACCAGAUUCAGAAAAACUGCCUGUUCAUCAUCCUCUCCUUGACUCCAGACCAAAGAUCGCAACGCAAUCGUAAUCCUAAUCCUAAUCCAACGAAAGCGUGAGCGAGACGACGCGAGCACCGAGCAGAGGCCGUCUUGCGAGGGAGCUCUUCGUAGUCAGAGACAGGGCACAAUACGUCUUCUUUCUUGGGCCGUGGGAUGGCCCAGUUCUAACCGACCAUCCAGACUCCACAUAGACGGCCCAGCUAUGCAUGACUGCAAGAAACCGAGAAGCCCAAGCUCGUCUUCUUUCUUGGAUGAGGGGGCGCUUACUCGUGUGGAAAGCGCACUCCACCAUGCCCCCGAAACGCAACUCGAAGCGCCUUCUGACCUUUCUGUCUUGCCUUCGCUGCUUCGCCUGCCUCCGGCCCCUCCCCUGUCCCCUACUGCCCUCCUCCCAGUUCCGGACCAGCGCCCCACACCCUGAUGGCGGCAAUGGACGUCGACGCCGGCGGUGGCGGGGAGGGGCGCCCAUCGGAGAAGGAGCUCUUCAGAGCCGCGGAGUCUGGCGACGCCUCCGCGCUCGCCUCCCUCACCCCCGCCGACCUCUCCCUCCGCAACGAGGACGGCCGCUCCCUCGUCCACGUCGCCGCCGCCGCCGGGCACCCCCAGGUGGUGCUCGCGCUCCUGGAAGCAGGUGGUGGCGCUGCGGCGAGCGUCCUGAACGCGAAGGACGAGGAGGGGUGGGCGCCGAUCCACUCCGUGGCCAGCACCGGCAACGCCCAGAUCGUCGAAAUCCUGCUUGAGCGAGGUGCUGAUGUUGACCUGACUACUGAUGGUGGUCGAACUGCUCUUCAUUAUGCUGCAAGCAAAGGGAGGAUUAACAUAGCUGAAAAACUAAUAGCACAUGGUGCAAAAGUCAACAAGAAAGACAAGUUUGGCUGCACGCCCUUGCAUAGAGCUGCAAGCACUGGAAAUGCUGAACUGUGCGAAUUCCUCAUCGAGGAAGGUGCCGAGGUUGAUGCUGUUGACAGGACAGGACAAACGCCUCUGAUGCAUGCUGUUAUAUGCGAGAACCAAGGGGUUGCUUUUCUGCUAAUUAGACAUGGUGCUGAUGUUGAUGUUGAGGACAAGGAAAGCUACACUGUCCUUGGUCGAGCAUCUAACAGCUUGAGACCUGCACUUAUUGAUGCAGCCAAGGCAAUGCUCGAGGGUUAAUGCAGUGCUGCUCAAAGGUAAUAGAAAAUGUGUGGGAUAGGAAAACAGUACUAAGCAGAAGUUUAGAGUGUGAAUUUUCCAUUGCUGGAAGUUGUGGUGAACAUGUUGCUUUAACCAUCACAAAUUUUUGUCUCCCCUCUCCCCAUUUUUUAUCGUUAUGCCUUUCCCCCCCUUCCCGGUGUGGCGGUGUGUGCCAUGAUAGUGCAGUCCGUGAGUGGCAACAAAUUGCCUUGCUGUAUUUCUUGCCCGGAUAUGGAUAGCUAGAACUAUGCAAUACUUAGUACCCUGUUACCAUGAAGCUGACCUUCAGAUCACCUGAUGGAUAGCUUGUCUUGUCA